AUGGGGUCAAUGCAGGCGGCCGAACUACAAAAUGUUUUAGAUGGCACAGGCAUGAGCUUGAGAGCUGCGAGAGUCCAAGUAGCCUUCCGAGCCCGCUCACCACCAGUCCCAGAGAGUCGGUCAAGUCUCACAUCGAAAGCCAAUCUAUCUCCGAAAAUAACAAGACAGCCUCGGGACGCAGAUCGAGCCAUGACGCAUCUUGAGAGGCUCGGCAGAGCUUGCAGGGCUCACGUCGCGUACAGGUCAGGGAGCGAUGUAUUAGGCAGAGGUGAAGCAAUGCAGCUAGCGUCGACUAGAGGAGGCAGCGUGGUGCCAUACUUGCUCGGCCGAGUCCGCUGCCUGCCAUCGUGA